UCUGGCUCGUCGAGUGGAGUGUAGCUGAAAAGUACAACACUUCUAGAACGGGCUGGCAUAACCACAUCCUCCUUCACAGUUACCGUACACAACAACAGGGAAGCGACGUUGAACAGUAACAUUUUGGCUCUCGAAAGCAAAACGACCCGUAAAAUGGAAUUCAAAGUGGUGUCGAUAAAGCGAGACACCCGCACCGGUAUCAGUUAAACACACAACAGGCACAUUAUUGACCAAAGCCUUGACAUUAGUCCAAGUGACUGGAAAAAAAUUUUAGUCGAAAAUAGUGGGUCCAGGACCAGGUGACAAAACAACGUCGUCUAAAAUCAUGUUAGCAGAGAGUGCGGACCUCAUCCCUGAUAUCCUGAUUUUUAAGACUGGUUCGAAGUUUUCGUUCAGUGGUCAUGGAAUAGUAUCAGCUAAUAUGUCCCUGUGUUGUCCGUGUCGAAAGCAAGUUGGGCCACCUGUAUUAUUUGAACAAUCUUGUGCCCAAUGACCUGUUUACUUACAGCAGGGACAUGGCGUAGAUGAUGGUGUAAGAGCUUGUGGACUGCGACAAUAACGGAUUCUCUGCCCAACUUGUCCGCAUCUGAAACGAGAAAUAUUGGAAAGUGGGGAUAGACAGGAUCUCGAUAUAUCUGCAACUGAGGACAUUGCAUCUUCCAAUGUCAGAAUGCAGGAAGAUGGUGGUUGCAAAAGACCAUGGGCGAACGAAACUUGAUAUUUUACCAAUUCAUUCCUAUCCGAAAGUUUUGAGUAUGGAGUAGCUAGUCUAGCCAGCUAACUCUAUGCAGGGUUUCUCUUGCCAACUUUACACGCUGACCAAAAACGGAUCAAAGUGCUUCGAUACUACCUUCCACUUCGAAAUAAUUUUCAAAAUGCUGUACGAUCGUCUCAAAGCAAUCAAGUCCGUCCACAGCCAAUUAUAUGAAAUGACUAUAGAGCAGAACAGUGUAUCAAUCAGGUGAACUUUACAGACGAUCAGAUCCGUGGUAUCAUGGACAAAAAAGCCAAUAUUCGAAUCAUGUCUGUUAUUGCUGGUGAAGAUCAUGAAAAAUCUACAUUAACAGACAUCCUUGUUAGCAAAGCUGGUAUCACUGCUGUUAGCAAGACUGGUAUCAUUGCUGAGAAAGCUGGAGAGUCGACGGCACAUUCUCUUUAUUAUGAAUUGUCUGGAACGGAAAAAGAUGGCAAUGGCUUUCUUAUCAAUUUGAUUAAUUUACCAGGGCAUGUUGACUUUUCAUCAGAGGUUACAGCUGCUUUGCGUGUUACAGAUGGUGCACUUGUUGUGGUUGAUUAUAAUAGCGGUAGGCCUAUUAGUGAUCAAACUGUGACUGCACUUCGCCAAGCUAUUGCUGAACGUAUCAAGCCCAUCGUUUUCAUAAACAAGAUGGACAGUGCUCUCUCGCAACAACAAGUUGGAAAAGAAGAUCUUUAUCAAAUCUUCAAUCGAAUUGUUGAGAGUACCAAUGUCUUUAUUUCAACAUUUGGUGGCAGCGACGAAACGCAAGCUUUCGGAGAUAUCCAGGUAUUUCCAAACAAAGGAACAGUUGGUUUUGGUUCUGGACUCCAAGGAUGGGCAUUCUCUCUUAAACAAUUUGCCGAAAUGUAUGCUGAAAAAUUCCAAACCACCGCUGAGAAGUUAAUUGACAAAUUAUGGGGAGAUAACUUCUUUGAUAUCGGAACCAAAAUGUGGUCUGAAACCAAAUCAGACACAAAUGAGCGUGCCUUUUGCCUUUAUGUGCUGGAUCCAAUUUACAAGGCUCGCGAUGCUAUAAUGAACAAUAAUAAACAAGAGAUUGAAAAAUGGAUGAAAAGUACUGGUGUUACAUUGAAAGGAGAUGAUAAAGAUAAAACUGGUGUAUCGUUGAUGGAGGUCUUCAUGCGCACUUGGCUGCCAGCUGGUGAGACUUUGCUGCAGAUGAUAGCAAUCCACUUACCAUCACCUGUGACAUCACAGAAGUAUCGUAUGGAACUUUUAUAUGAAGGUCCCAAAGAUGACGAGGCUGCAACUGGUAUCAAAAACUGCGAUCCUAAAGGGCCCCUGGUAAUGUACAUCAGUAAAAUGGUACCUGCAAGUGACAAGGAGAGAUUCUACGCUUUUGGCAGAGUUUUCUCUGGAACAGUUAAAAUUGGGCAGGAAGUUCGAAUCUUGGGUCCUAAUUAUUUUCCUGGUAUAAAUGAAGACUUGUACAUCAAGCGGAUUGAAAGAACUAUUCUUUUGAUGGGACGUCACAUUGAACCAAUUGAAGACGUGCCAUGCGGUAAUUUUGCUGGUUUGUCAGGAGUGGAUCAGUAUCUGGUCAAGACUGGAACCAUCACAACUUUGGCAACUGCUUACAACAUGAAAGUGAUAAAGUUCAGCGUGUCGCCUGUGGUACGUGUUGCAGUGGAAGUUAAAAAUUCAGAAGAUCUGCCUGAGCUUGUAGAAGGACUGAAAAGAUUGGCAAAAUCUGAUCCUAUCGUUCAGUGCAUCAUUGAAGAGAGUGGAGAGCACAUUGUUGCUGGGGCAGGAGAAUUGCAUCUUAAGAGUCGCAUGAAAGAUUUGGAAGAAGAUUUAGCCAACAUCCCACUGAAGAUAUCUGACCUAUUUGUAUCUUACCGUGAAACCGUGACAGAGGAAUCUAGUGUCAUGUGCAUUUCGAAAUCGCCAAAUAAACAUAAUAUAUUGUACAUGAGGGCAAAAGCAUGUCCUGAAGGAUUGGAUGAAGCUAUUGACGACGGUGAUGUCACUCCUCGCCAAGAUAUAAAAACAAGAGCUGGUCUCUUGGCUGACAAGUUUGAUAUGGAUGUUGAUGAAGCUCGCAAGAUCUGGGGAUUUGGACCUGGUGGUACCGGGUCUAACCUUCUCAUGGACGUAACCAAUGGUGUCCAAUAUCUGAACGAAAUCAGAGGUUCGGUUGUUACUGGGUUCCAGUGGGCUACUGAAAAAGGUGUCUUAUGUGAGGAGAACAUGAGGGGAGUUCUUGUUAAGGUUCAUGAUGUUACAUUGCAUGCUGACGCUAUCCAUCGAGGAGGUGGACAAAUUAUCCCAACCACGCAACGGUGCAUCUACGCUUGUCAGUUAACAGCUUCACCUGCGCUCCUUGAACCAAUCUAUUUGGUUGCGAUUCAGUGUACUGAAGCCGCUGUCGUAGGAAUCCAUGGUGUACUCAAUCGUCGUCGGGUACAAGUGAUAGAAGAUGCCGUACAACCUGGAACUGGUUGGCACAACAUCAGAGCUUAUUUACCUGUGAAUGAGUCGUUCGGAUUUACUGAGGAUCUUCGCUCCAAUACCGGUGGCCAAGCGUUUUACCAUUUUGUUUUUGAUCACUGGGUCAAUCUUCCUGAAAAUAAGCGAGAUGAGAUCAUUUCCAUCACAAGAAAACGAAAGGGCCUCAGUGAAGAGGUACCAAAACUCGAACAGUACUUGGACACACCGUAAAUAUAAAAUUCAUCAAACUGUUAUCAAUGCUGCUUGAACCAUAGUAUAGAAUUAUAGAUAGAUAAUGUAUUGAGUUCCCUGUUGAUAGAUGUUCAACUCAGAUUCAGGACAUUUUGAUCAGAUAUGUCGUCCUUGUCAAGAAGCAGACCUUGAUGUAACAUGUUCAAGAUGAUAACUGUAAAUAGUACGAUGAGAGAUUUAUUGUAGAAUUUUGCUCAAAUUAAAUAAGGACCACGGGUAUGUCCGAGUGGAUCGGUGAUGCUCAUUGGACAGUCAAUAGUCCACUGCUAUAUGUGGGCCAUGUUCACAUUGUUUUAUAUAAGUUACGUCAUCUUUGGCUCAGUGUUUACGCGACUCGAGUUACAGUUUUUUUUUCAAAAAUUUGAUGUGACUCAAGCAAUAAAAAUGUAAUGAAUCGGACUAUUAUUUAAGCAACCGCCAGUGAGACCUUGCUCAGUAAUUGAAUCGACUCGAAACUGGAAUGGCUCGUCACUCGCCCCUUAGGGUUCAGGAUAUUAUAUCAAACUGCUUCGGCCACAAAUUACAAUUAUAAAUUAGAACCAUACUUGCACCAAUACUAAUGAAGGUAAUAUAUCGUCUUACAUAUUGAUGGAAUAAAGUCUCUUUAUGUAAGUGCAAAUAAUAUUUACCGACUUUUUUCUUAGUUGGGCACCCAGUUCAACGACACCAGAAUGUCAUUUUAUUUGGCAACAUGUAGCGGUGUGCGCAUCAACUAUGUUAUUGCUCAUAUGAAUGUAUGCUACUGAGCCUCUUAGAUAAUCUAUUUUAGUUACAACGAAAAAAAAUCAAUCUUGGUCUCCUAAUAUCUUCUUACUUAACGAUCAUGUUCAAUAAUAGAACACAGAGAACAAAUUAUUCGGUAUUAUAGUCAAUUUUAUUCGGAAUUGAAAUAGAGAAGGUAGGAGCGAGAACUCCUUUAUUUGUAUUUUUGCUGCCUUUGUAAUAAGGUCUUUAUUCGGACCUCCCGAAGUAUGCGCACCAAGAUGGCGCACAACCUGAACACAAUGGAAUCUUAAUGCCAAUAAAACCCCAUGUUUGUAUCUGUUAUUUCUAUUUCAAUUUGGUUAGUUUUUCUCCAAUGGAUAAAAUAACAUAUAAGUCGUCGACUGCAGUUUAGCACCAGACUAUCGAAAGUAUUGAACCAGCAUCGGCAAGCAUUUGUAGGGAACAUUAGUAAUUUUAACGUUAAUUACACAAAUGCUCAGAUUUAAACUUUGAGACCAACAGUACAAAAAAUAGGUAAACUAAAAUUUCAAAACCCUUGGAAUAUGAAAAAUAUGCCUCCUGUCAAUCCCCCAGGCUUCUUAUAAUGGGCCUUGGUGUUUAUAAGUCAUCCCAUUUUAUCCGCAUCAUUCAUGAUAGCGUUUUUCAGGUAUGUUUUGGAGCAUCGUAUUGUCCAUAUAUAGGUAUUUUAGAGAGCAAGCAUAAUUUCAAUGCUUAAAACUAGAACAGCACCGAACUACAACGAAGCUAGGCAAUUUUGGUUGGAUUCCAGAAACCCCAUUCGUCAACCAAAUCUCGCGGAGCCUGGUUCAAAUUUAAAUACGUCAAAUAGAGAAGACAUCAAAACUGUCGUGGAUAUCGAUGCUUUCCAUAUUUCCAAUAAUCCACCCAAUCUAUACCCCGAUCUCUCUUGAAUUUUCACCUGCAUUGGUGAUAUGUUUUUCAUAGGAUGUGAACAUUUUGUUUAUGUAAACUAUAUACUUCUAAUUCUAAAAUAUUAGGAAAAUAAAAAAAUAGAUUAAAAAAA